AUGAGAAAAGAGGAACUUGGAAUCGAGAAUUUCGUUGUUGUCGCUCGCGAUUCCGAUCGGCUUCCAUCACGCGUUCGCUACACAUCCGUACUCUCUCCCUCUCUCUCUCUGUCUCUCUAUUUCUCGGUAAAUCCGUUUCUAGAGAUUUUGUACGAGCUUUUGAUCCGUCCUGAUACGCUUUUGCCGAAACAGAUUAACAUUGGAGCCAGUGAUGCGAUCAAAUCAGCCGGUUUCCGAGUUCCGAGAGUUGGAGGCAGAUCAGAUCGUGAUAUUUGGCACUCACGAAAUGCUGAGUUCUUUUACGGAUGCAGCAAUGCGAGCAGCAAGUUCUCGAAUGCGAAAGCAGUGACGAGAAACGAUCGAUACUUGGCAAUCGCCACUAGUGGUGGUUUGAACCAACAACGAACCGGAAUUGUAGAUGCAGUUGUUGCGGCAAGAAUUCUGAAUGCAACACUUGUUGUUCCCAAGUUAGACCAGAAGUCUUACUGGAAAGAUGCCAGUGACUUCUCGCAUAUUUUCGAUGUUGAUUGGUUCGUGUCAUUUCUGUCGGAAGACGUCAGAAUCAUAAAGCAGCUUCCACCGAAAGGAGGGCGAACGUGGAGCCCGAGUAGAAUGCGUGUACCACGGAAAUGUAACGAGAGAUGUUAUAUAAACCGGGUUUUACCUGUUCUUCACAAAAGGCAUGCAGUUCAACUGAACAAAUUCGACUAUAGACUUUCGAACAAGUUGAGCGAUGACUUGCAAAAGCUAAGAUGUAGAGUAAAUUACCAUGCUCUGAAGUUCACUGAUCCUAUACUUACCAUGGGUAAUGAAUUGGUCCGGCGCAUGCGACUGAGGAGCAAACACUUCAUCGCUUUACAUCUAAGGUUUCACCUUUUAACUCCUGAUAUUUCUUCGUUUUCCUUUUUCACUUUGUUACUGAACAAGGGCAUUAUUAACAAUCCAGAGAAACAAAGGCGGCAAGGAAGAUGUCCGCUCACUCCAGAGGAAGUCGGACUGGUGCUUAGAGCGUUGGGAUAUGGCAGUGAUGUCCAUAUCUACGUCGCGUCUGGUGAAGUUUACGGAGGAGAAGAAUCUUUGGCUCCUCUUAAGGCUCUCUUUCCACACUUCUAUUCCAAAGACACGAUAGCUACAAAGAAAGAGUUGGAACCUUUUUCUUCAUACUCUUCGAGAAUGGCUGCGCUCGACUUCCUCGUGUGUGAUGAAAGUGACGUAUUUGUAACCAACAACAAUGGCAAUAUGGCAAAAAUAUUGGCUGGGAGGAGGAGAUACUUUGGACAUAAACCCACGGUUAGGCCGAAUGCGAAAAAGCUUUACAGGUUGUUUCUGAACAAAGAGAACUCGACUUGGGAGGAGUUCGCCUCUAGAGUCCGUUCGUUUCAGAGAGGGUUUAUGGGAGAGCCCAAGGAACUAAGAGCCGGUAGAGGUGAGUUUCACGAGAACCCAUCCACAUGCAUAUGCGAAGAUACAGAGGCCAAGGCAAAGGCGCAGAUAGAAUCUAGAAAACUUGGAAAGAAAAACAAAUCGACAAGCAAAGACGCGGCGGUAACAGUAACCAAUGAUGAUCAAACCGAAGAGGAUGAGCCAGAUUGGUCGGAGCCAGACUAUGAGGAAGAACAGAGUGAUCUACAAGACAGAGGAUUGUACAAUGGGACGAGCUUAGAUUACGAUGAUCCAUCAACCUCUGAUGAGCCUGAGCUUGAAGAAAUGCUAUCGGACUACAAGUCUCUUCCUAGCUCCAUUGCCUUUGUACCAAGCAAACUCGAUAAGAAAUCUCGGUGUGUCGGAAUAAGGAAAAUGGAGUACAGCCCGUACAGGGAAUUAAAAUGA